GAAAGACUAUAAAAACCUUUGCAAACAAAAACUAACCCAAAAAAACACUUACCAAGAGCUUGACACCAAUUCCCUUAUAUUGUGCUCUCUCUCUCUUUCAUCUCUCCAUUCUCCAAAACAAAGCAAGAUCCUUGCUUUCUGUUUACUUUUGAUUUGUUUAUUUUUAACUUUUUUUUUUCUUCUUCUCACAAAGCUCUAAUCUUAAGAUUCAACCACCAUUCAUUAUUCAAAUCUCAUAACUCCAAACUACCAUUUGUGAUUAGAUCACACACAAAAAAGGGUUCCUUUUUUUUUUUGCAAGAUCUUUUCUUUUUUUAGGGGACCGCAGGAAAAAAAUCCCUUUUCUAUUUUUGGGGUGAGAAAAUGGGGAAGUUGACAGUUUGUGUGGCGGUGGUAUGUGGGGUGGCGGUGGCAGCGGCAGCAGCGGUGGUGAUUCAUCGGAAAAUGAAGAAGUCAGGGAAGUGGGUCAAAGCAAUGGAGAUAGUGAAAGAGUUUGAAGAAAGCUGUAGGACUCCGAUUUCUAAGCUGAAACAAGUGGCUGAUGCCAUGACUGUUGAGAUGCAUGCUGGCCUUGCCUCUGAAGGUGGCAGUAAACUCAAGAUGCUCAUCACCUAUGUCGACAGUUUGCCUACUGGGAAUGAGAAGGGAUUAUUUUAUGCGUUAGACCUUGGUGGCACUAACUUCCGUGUAUUACGAGUGCUACUGGGGGGGAAAGAUGGUGGUAUCCUCAAACAACAAUUCAAGGAGGUCUCAAUUCCUCCGAAUAAGAUGACAGGGAGUUCAGCUGAACUAUUCGACUAUAUUGCUGCAGAACUCGCUAAAUUUGUAGCUCAAGAAGAAGAUGAUUUUAAACCAACUUCUGGUAGGCUGAGGGAGCUUGGUUUUACCUUCUCAUUCCCUGUGAUGCAAACAUCUAUUGCUUCGGGAACCCUACUUAGGUGGACGAAAGGCUUCUCCAUAGAUGAAACAGUUGGCCAAGAUGUGGUAGCAGAAUUGACUAAAGCCUUGGAAAGACAAGGCCUUGAAAUGCGGGUCUCGGCUUUGGUCAAUGACACAGUCGGAACGCUAGCUGGAGGCAAGUAUGCCAACAAUGAUGUUGUUGUUUCUGUGAUACUUGGUACCGGAUCAAAUGCGGCAUACGUGGAACGUGCACAAGCAAUUCCGAAAUGGCAUGGUCUACUUCCCAAGUCAGGAGAGAUGGUUAUCAAUAUGGAGUGGGGUAACUUUAGGUCAUCACAUCUUCCAUUAACGGAGUAUGACCAAGCACUCGAUGCAGAGAGUUUAAACCCUGGUGAACAAAUUUAUGAGAAGGUAAUAUCUGGUAUGUAUUUGGGAGAAAUUUUUCGCAGAGUUCUGUGUAGGAUGGCUGAGGAAGCAUUUUUCGGUGACGUCGUUCCACCAAAACUCAAAGAGCCAUUCAUAUUGGGGACGCCUGUUAUGUCUGCAAUGCAUCAUGACACUUCCCCUGAUCUCAAAGUGGUAGCGAAUAACUUGAAAGACAUUCUCGAGAUAUCAAAUACCUCUCUGAAGAUGAGAAAAGUAAUUGUUCAGUUUUGUGACAUUGUUGCAACACGCGGUGCUCGUCUUUCGGCUGCCGGGCUACUCGGCAUUCUGAAGAAAAUGGGAAGAGACACGAUCAAGGAAGGGGAGAAACAAAAGACGGUAAUAGCUAUGGAUGGUGGACUAUACGAACAUUACGAGGAAUACCGUAACAGCUUAGAGAACUGCCUAAAGGAAUUGCUUGGAGAAGAAGUAUGCAAAACCAUCAAAAUCGAGCAUUCGAAUGAUGGUUCUGGAAUCGGAGCUGCACUUCUUGCUGCUUCGCAUUCACAGUAUCUCGAAGACGAGUCCUGAAAGAGUUAUAUGUGAGAAAAUGAAUGCCAGUUUUUUAUCAACAAAAUUUAUUUAUUUUUAACCUGGGGGAUUAGCAUUUUUUUUCUUCAUAUUUUCCGGGAAAUUCUAAUAAAAUUCUUAAAUAAUUGAAAAA